AUGCACGUACAAUGCCAGAACACUCUCCACAGAAGCCGAUCUUCACGCCUUCUUGUAGCCGCAGACCGCAUUAAAUUUCAUGUGGUCGCAUUACAAGAAGCAAAAAUCAAGAAGACCGACAUAUUCCAACUAAACAACGGAACCGUUGUGAUUCGUGGAGAAAAGGUCCAGUCACGAAGCGUUGGCGGUGUAGGCCUUGUUGUCCAUCUCGUCGACUUAUACGUCAUCCUUUCCUCUCGCAUUGCCGUCCUCCGUCUUCAACUGUGGCGUCACAAGAAGAUCACUAUCAUCAACUGCUACUCACUAACCGACGCAGCUGAUGAGUACGAAUUAAAUGCGUUCCACUAUCAGUUGGAGGAAGCCAUCCACAAUAAGAGCGAAUACAGGAUCGGAAAUUUUGGAUUAGGAGAAAGAAGUGAGAAUGGGAACCGUCUCGCAGGACUCCUGUCAGCAGCAUGCCCCUUCCAUGGAAACUCGUUUUUCCAGAAGAAAGAAAGCCGCCGUUGGACAUGGGAGUCUCUUAACGGCAUGACUCAUGCGGAGAUCGACCAUAUUCUUACAAACAGAAGAUGGUGUCUACUUGACACAUCGGUGGUCCCGUCAUUCUGUACUGGUUCCGAACACCGCCUUCUUCGCGAAGAUUCGAUUCAAGCUGGAAAAGAACUCUUCAUCGACCACGAGGAAAAAGCUGUAUACAACGAGGACAUUCUGAACGAAUUCCUAUCCAAACGUGACUGGCAGAUUAAAGAAGACCAGACCGAAGACUACGAGAUGCUUGACGAAGGACUGAAAAGCUGUGCCGAAUUCGCCUCAGUUCCUCAAGCAAGGAGAUCGGAUCGCAUCUCCAUCACUACUAAGGAGUUGCUCGAAAAGAGAAGGAAAUUGAAGCUUCGUCCUACUGCAACACGUUUAACAUAG